UUUGUUUUUAAAUUAUAAAUAAUGGUGUUGCUGGAAGUAAGAGCGAACUGAAAGAGUCUGGUUAAGUCAACAAAGACACAAGUAUGUUAUUUUAUUAUUAUUGUAUGUGAAACUAAGACAUUAUGAAAUGUAGUCAUAAUGUAGACAGAAAAAGAUAAGUGUUAUCCCUAGUUAGCUAACGUUAGCUUGCCUAAGUUUUCUAAUGUCAGUUACUGUUCUACAAAAUAACACUGAAAUAUUCAACAAACCACUUUUCUUUACUAACCCUGUUAGGUCGUUUCAUCCUCUUUCAUCACAUUUGUGUAUAACAGGUUAUAUAUUUGUGUUAGUGCCUGUAUUGUCAGUUAAACUAAUCUUAUGUUCCUUUGCCUGAGGUAGCUAACUGGCUAAUCAGGAGCAGAAGUUAUACAGUUAGCAGCAAUCUAAGUUCGUGGUCUGAACCAAGUGUUGGUGCAAGCUCAGUGGUUGGUGGUUGCCUCAGGACAUCAACUGUUCCCAGGGAUUCAGCCUGGAUCUUCUACCCCCGGGCUGAUGUUCUCGAUGGUGGGGCUGUUGCCGCCUGAUUACCUAAUUAAUUCAUAGAUCCACCUUAAAUAGAGGGUAAUCCCGAGCUGGUCCCUCCCUCUCUCGCGGUCUCCAGCACCAGUUCACCUCCCUCUCUCAGCUCCCCAGCUAGCCAGGAAAGGACGCUGAUCCGGACGUUGGGUCUUUUCUCUGGUCCUGUUUGGAUGUGUCGGACCCCCACCACCACCACCACCACCACCACCACCGCCGCCCCCCCUACAGUUCCACCCACCGCUCUCCAACACAAACACACCACCAGUCCUCAUUUACUGGAUCUGCUCUUUGUUAUCAGAGCCUUUCCCUCCUCUGCUUGUAUUUCAGGAGAGAGAAGGGGAGUUUGUUUGUUCCUUUUUUAACGGAUUGAUCUCUGACUGAUCCUGGAUCUGGUUCGUUGUCCUUUCUCGGGGCUGCCGCUGCGGGACCAGAGCCGAUGCCUCCACGAAUGUAAUCAACAGUCUAAGAAACUGGUUUUAAACGCCGGAACAAAGGGAGGCUGAAGAUUUUCUCCCCACCCGGUCUGUCAAUCAUUUUUCCACCACUGCAGUUGUCAAGUUGGAGCCGUGCUGGGAAAUGGACAAACCCCUCUAAACUGAAGACGCUGCCCUGCCUCACCGACACAACCACAGGACGUGAUUUGGACGAGGAUCCCCCGAGUGGAGCUGCAAGAACAUGUUUAUUCCCCGGUUUCCAUGGUAACCCGAGAUGAGCAUGUACGUCCGGGUCAGGAGUUAACCUCAGCGCUCAUCUCCUCCGCUUGCCUCUUGUGAGAACUACGCUAUUCACAAUUCCUGCGAACGGACUACCCAGUCUGGCAUUUAGAUCAGUUUAACGAGAACACUCAGAGGAACAACAACUACGAAAACUAGAACAACACUGCUGUGAAGAGGACCAACAUGGCCAACAACACGGCGGACCACCCUCCGGGGAAUUCGGUUGCAGAGGGCAACCAUGAUGUGGACUUUGGGGUGACCGUGGCGGAUCUGAGAGACCUGAUGGAGCUGCGGAGUGGCGAAGCCGUCAGUAAGAUACAAGACACGUACGGAGAUGUGCAGGGCAUCUGCCGCCGCCUGAAAACAUCACCUAUAGAAGGUCUGUCUGGUAACCCCGUUGAUUUGGAGAAACGUCACACGUCAUUCGGCAAAAACUUCAUCCCACCCAAGAAGGCCAAGACAUUCCUGCAACUGGUUUGGGAGGCUCUGCAGGAUGUGACCCUAAUCAUCCUGGAAAUUGCUGCCAUUAUCUCGUUGGGCCUGUCCAUUUUCCAUCCACCAGGGGGCGAUGGUGAAGAAUGUGGCCAGGCUGCAGGCGGUGUCGAGGACGAGGGCGAGGCCCAGGCAGGCUGGAUCGAGGGCGCCGCCAUCCUGUUCUCAGUCAUUAUUGUGGUCCUGGUGACGGCCUUCAAUGAUUGGUCGAAGGAGAAACAGUUCCGCGGGCUGCAGAGCAGGAUCGAACAGGAACAAAAGUUCACAGUCAUCCGUAAAGGCCAGGUCAUCCAGAUACCUGUGGCCGAGAUCGUGGUGGGAGACAUAGCUCAGAUUAAAUAUGGAGACCUGCUGCCUGCUGAUGGAAUCCUCAUUCAGGGGAAUGACCUGAAGAUAGACGAGAGUUCUCUCACUGGAGAGUCCGAUCAGGUCCGCAAGUCUUUGGAGAAGGACCCCAUGCUGCUUUCUGGGACCCACGUAAUGGAGGGAUCAGGCAGGAUGGUGGUGUCAGCUGUUGGACUCAACUCUCAAACUGGUAUCAUCUUUACUUUGCUGGGCGCCAGCGAGAAUGACGAAGAGAAGAAGGUCAAGAAAAGUAAAAAACAAGGACCCCCUGAAAAUCGCAACAAAGCCAAAACGCAGGAUGGCAUUGCCCUCGAGAUCCAGCCACUGAAGAGCGAGGAGGCAGCUGAGUCAGAGGAGAAAGAAGAGGUCAAACCAGUGAAGAAGGUCAAUGUGACCAAAAAGGAGAAGUCGGUGCUGCAGGGCAAACUGACCAGACUGGCUGUACAGAUUGGGAAGGCUGGUCUGAUCAUGUCGGCUGUGACGGUCAUCAUCCUCAUCCUGUACUUUGUAAUCGACACCUUUGGGGUCCAGGGCCGCUCCUGGACGGCCGAAUGCACUCCAGUCUACAUCCAGUACUUUGUAAAGUUCUUUAUCAUCGGUGUCACUGUGCUGGUGGUUGCUGUUCCCGAGGGGCUGCCGCUCGCUGUCACCAUCUCUCUGGCUUACUCUGUCAAGAAAAUGAUGAAAGACAACAACCUGGUGCGUCACCUGGACGCCUGUGAAACGAUGGGCAACGCAACAGCCAUCUGCUCAGACAAGACGGGCACGCUGACGAUGAACCGCAUGACAGUAGUGCAGGCAUAUAUCGGCGACACACACUACAAAACCGUCCCUGAACCAGAAGCCAUCAAACCAGAGACUCUUGAGAUUAUGGUCAACAGCAUCUCCAUCAACUCGGCUUACACAACCAAGAUCCUGCCUCCGGAGAAAGAAGGUGGCCUGCCCCGCCAAGUGGGAAAUAAGACCGAGUGUGCUCUACUGGGGCUGGUGCUGGACAUGAAGAGGGACUACCAGCCAAUCAGAGACGAGAUCCCCGAAGAGAAACUCUACAAGGUUUACACCUUUAACUCCUCCCGCAAGUCCAUGAGCACGGUUUUGAAGAACGCUGAUGGAGGCUUCCGCAUGUACAGCAAAGGAGCGUCAGAGAUCGUCCUGAGGAAAUGCUCCCGUAUCCUCGACACCCAGGGUCAGCCUCGUGUCUUCAAGCCGAAGGACCGUGACGAGAUGGUGCGUAAGGUGAUCGAGCCCAUGGCGUGCGACGGACUGAGAACCAUCUGCGUGGCUUACAGGGACUUUCCAGCCGAGGCCGGAGAGCCGGACUGGGACAGUGAGAACGACAUCCUAGGCGACCUCACCUGCAUCGCCGUGGUUGGCAUCGAGGACCCCGUCAGACCUGAGGUACCUGAGGCUAUCACUAAGUGCCAGCGUGCAGGCAUUACUGUACGUAUGGUUACUGGAGACAAUAUUAACACCGCCCGCGCCAUCGCAACCAAGUGUGGUAUCAUUCAGCCCGGGGAGGACUUCAUCUGUCUGGAGGGCAAGGAGUUUAACCAGCAGAUCAGAAACGACAAGGGAGAGGUGGAACAAGAGCGUCUGGACAAAGUUUGGCCCAAACUGCGUGUACUGGCUCGUUCUUCCCCAACAGACAAGCACACUCUGGUCAAAGGUAUCAUUGACAGCACAGUGGGUGAAACCCGACAGGUGGUGGCAGUGACAGGAGACGGUACCAAUGACGGCCCCGCCCUCAAGAAAGCUGAUGUUGGCUUCGCCAUGGGAAUUGCUGGCACAGACGUGGCAAAGGAGGCGUCUGACAUCAUCCUGACCGACGACAACUUCACCAGCAUCGUCAAGGCCGUCAUGUGGGGAAGGAACGUCUACGACAGCAUCUCAAAGUUCCUGCAGUUCCAGCUGACCGUCAACGUGGUGGCCGUGAUCGUGGCGUUCACCGGCGCCUGCAUCACACAGGACUCUCCUCUGAAGGCCGUCCAGAUGCUCUGGGUCAACCUCAUCAUGGACACUUUGGCAUCUCUCGCUCUGGCCACCGAGCCGCCCACCGAGUCUCUGCUCUUGCGUAAACCUUACGGCCGUGACAAGCCUCUCAUCUCUAGGACCAUGAUGAAAAACAUCCUGGGGCACGCUGUGUACCAGCUCAUCAUCAUCUUCACUCUUCUCUUUGCUGGUGAGAAUUUCUUCGACAUCGACAGCGGCCGCAACGCUCCCCUGCACUCGCCACCAUCAGAGCACUACACCAUUGUGUUCAACGUGUUCGUCAUGAUGCAGCUCUUCAACGAAAUCAACGCCAGGAAGAUCCACGGAGAGAGGAACGUGUUCGAAGGCAUCUACAGGAACCCCAUCUUCUGCAGCGUGGUGCUCGGAACCUUUGCCCUGCAGAUCAUCAUUGUCCAGUUCGGAGGAAAGCCGUUCUCGUGCACGGCUCUGACCAUCGACCAGUGGCUGUGGUGUGUGUUCAUCGGUGUGGGCGAGCUGCUGUGGGGACAGCUGAUCUCGGCCAUCCCCACCCACCACCUGAAGUUCCUGAAGGAGGCAGGUCACGGCAUCACGAAGGAGGAGAUCCACGAGGAGGAGCUGACGGAGGGCGCCGAUGAGAUCGACCAUGCUGAGAUGGAGCUGAGGAGAGGCCAGAUCCUCUGGUUCAGAGGUCUGAACCGCAUCCAGACGCAGAUUAAGGUGGUGAACGCAUUCCGUAGCUCCCUGUACGAGGGGCUGGAGAGCCCAGAGUCCCGUAGCUCCAUCCACAAUUUCAUGGUCCAUCCCGAGUUCGUGCCCCUGUCCGAGGAGGAGGCUCGCAUCCCCGAGGAGACUGGAGACGAGAUCGACUCCCUCCCCGGCGCCUCCUCUGGGGCGGGGGGAGGAGGAGUGCCGCCCAGCGCCUUGCCCCACAGCCGCGAGUCAUCCAUCUGAGCUCCUCCUCCCUCCUCCUCCUUCUCCUCCCUCUUCUUUCUCAGCAUCAUCUGUCAUCCCACCAACUGAACUGUCGCGACGAGGAGGGAAGUCAUCGCUCUGCUCAUCCCUUCAUCCUGCACACACACGCGCUUCACAUCCUCAUCACCCCCCUCAGUCAUUCCUGCCGCGUUGUGUUUUUCAUACUGACUGUGGCGUCGUUCUGCCUGUAAGUUUGUCCUUCCAGCACCACCUCCACCACCACACAUGUAUCAGUAGAGGGUGGAGUCCAGAGUCUCCACUGUGGAAGGCCUGUCCUUGUCCAUUCAUGUAUAUUUUUUACUUGAUGAUCCUUUUGAAAAGCUUUUAAAACGAUGUUGGGUUCGAUCUCUUGCGGGACUUGCAGCAGCAUGUUGUGUUCUGUACUCGCUUCAUUCCUGCGUAUCGCUCUCAAAAAUGGCACCGAACUUUUCAAAGAGUGCAGUGAUUCUCAUGUACAUAACGCUUUCGCUCCUCUACACAGCUAACAGCCGGGUUUGGUGUUCAGAAGAUUUUUAGGCAAAUGCAAAAAUGUAAUCUUUUAUUUUGUUCGUUUUUAAAACCUCUAAAGAUUGUUAAUUGAUGGUUGAUUCAAACUCCACAGAAUGUCUUGUGCGUGUGACACUACAGUGUUCAAGGUUCAACUGUUAAAAAAAAAAAAUGUUCUUCCCUUUAUCGUGUCUGUAUGUGUUGGUUUUUCUUCAGCUGCUGUGUUGCAUGUGGAAGGACAGAAUGUUUACGACCCAAAAAUAUCCAACAUGGCAGCGUUCAGAGGGCGCUCGCUCUUUGCUCUGUGGGGCUCUGACCUCAACUCAUCCAGUCAGGGUUCUGGUUCUCUCUGCCCCCCCCCCCCCAAGUACGUCCACAGUGUCGAUAGGAAACGAGAGUGUGGUUCAAGUCCCCCCCCCCCCAGUAGGAUGCAUGUUUUGUUUCAUUCGUGUUGAGUGGCAUGAUAACUUAGGAAUGAAUAUUUGGGAUUCUGUUUAGACAACCAUAUGUGUGUUAGGCUGCGGCAGCGUCUGUUCAGAGCUCCAUGAACUUCCUGACUGCAGGACUGAACAUCCUGUCACCACAACGGGACGGAGACAGGCUCAUCAAUCAGGUCACGGAGAGGGAAACUGCAGCGGGGACGUUAAAGCCCUGACACACUCCUCCAGUGAACGUCUGCACACGUGUCUGUUCCUGUGGUUCCUUAAGAAGUGCUGAGUUCCCCCCAGCGCGCUGAUGAAAUGAGGCCAGAACGUACGCUGAAUGCUUUGACUGUCACCAAUAAGAAAAACUGACUUUGACUUUGGUUAACACAAAACCAAAAUACGUGAAGGACGAGGGUAAUCGUUCGUCGUCCUCCCUCUUCCUCUGACUGUCUCAGUGUCCCUGACGUCUCCCUUCUGACAGGCUCAUAUUAGCUAAGUCCCGCCCUCUUGAAGUCUGCCAACCAAUAAAAACAAACAGCCUGUGACCGUGACACUGUGAGGUGACCUCCGCUAACCACUGCCCCACUGUGCCGUCCUCACAGAUGACCAAAUUUAUGUCACGAGAACAUGAAAAAAUGUCGUUUGGGGCUCUCCAAACUGGACCGUACUGCCACAGGGUGAGAACUAUUCGUCCCUUUUGCCUCUUCUAAAUAAAUAGUUCUUGUCCAUUUUACACACACCUGAUCUGGGUUGCAGCGGACGAGACUAAGACAGAUAGCCCCAGCUUACCUUGUCUCCUCCCCAGAGACACAUCAUGUUCGUCCUGGUGGAUCCCGAGGGGCUUCUCAGACCAGAUAGGACUUAGAGUCCCUGCAGAUUACGUCUACAGGGAGGCGUCCUGAUGGUCAGCUGAGUCCUUUCAGCAUGAAAGAGCAGAUAGUCUGAUCCACCUCAUUUCACGUCCCAGGGACGAGCCUUUGUCUCAGUUUGCACCAUCCAGUCCACAUCUGUUGGUGCACACGUGUCUUUAGUUUGACUUUAUGUAAUCUCCCCCACUCUCUCUAAAGUUUAACUUGUGUUUGUAACACUGUUAAAAGGGGAAUGACUGUCGUGUCGAUGAGUCAGAUCAGUUCAACAAACAGGAAGUUCAUAGAUGUCUGAACGGAAUCUGGACAGUCUGUCUGUGUUCAAGACAAAUCUUAGUACCAGUUCUGAUGUUUUUGUUCCCUCGUUUGUCAGAUCUGACGAACAGAAACUAAAUCAUCUGUUCUUAUUGAAGUAAUGUGCUACUACUGCCAUAUUUCCAACUUUUUUGUCAUGACUAGGUUCUUCCUCCCCUCUGAUGAGCUUUUUCUAUGUAACUCAGAGCCAUAUUUUAUAGGUUGUCUGUAUUGUUUUUUAUCUCAUGGUUAUCGAGGUUUCCUUUGGACUUUCUCACCCCCCGACCCCUCGACCCCUCGACCCCUCCUCCCCCCUACAUCCUCCUCCCCGGCCCUUUACUCCAAACAUGACCAAAAAGCAAGGAGAAAAUCUUCAGUCGUCACUGCCGAACCAAGUUUAAAGGACCUCUACAAUGUUUACAUGAAAAGCAAGUGGGUGGCAGUUCGCCUGCGCUUCUCUCAUCCGACCACUUCCCUUUCAUUCCCUUGCUUUCCUGAAUCUUAGAGUUACUAUUUAACUAAAUGGGGAAUCUUUCUUGCAUGGUUUUCAUAUAAAAUUCAAUGUUUUGCUCAUUUUUUACAAUUCUUCUGUAUUUUUAUAUUAAGUACUUUUUAAUAUUUUGGAGAUAUAUGAAUAUAUAUGUAUAGGCUGAAGAGUUUGGUGACAGUACAGUACAUGAAUGAGAUGAGUCUAACGUGGACUUUUUACAGCUCUCUAAAUAUUUAUGCCACGUGUGUCGUCUUGGUCACCUGAUGUUAGGGCUCAGAAACCUGCAGUGACUUGUUUACUUCCUGUUGGCCGUUCAAUUGGAAUCUCAACAAUCUCGUUCCAUCAGCCCCCUUUUACAUGAGUAUAUCCACCUUAUAUAAGAUGUUGUGAUACACUACACGCUAUGUGAUUACGCAGUUAUCCAACUCCAUUAGAGUUCAGCAAAUGCAACGUGAAUACAGCUAACUGUAUCAAACAUUAAAUGGGAGUGUAUAAUUAUUUAUCCAA